GCACCCGCCCGCGCCCGCGGGCACGGUGAAGAAACCAUGCCGGCCGUCGCCGUUACGGCUCUCCCGGACCAACCAAACCCCUCCAUUUAUGUAACGCCGCCGCAACCGCCAAGCCAAGGACAAGGCAGGCACUCCCGGAAAAACAAAUCGAGGCGAGGACGAGGGGACUCGUGCGGUGGAGCAGCUGAUCUCGCUGCGCUUCACACGGCCACGGGUGAGCGGUGAGCCUAAGCACUGACGAAGAGGAGGAGCAAAGCAACUUGGGGCUGGGGGCGGCGAGAAGUCAAAGGCUCGCGAUCCCCUACCCUCGAGGCGCCUUCUCCUCCUUCCUUCCUUCAAUCCUUCCUCGUCUGCUCCGCCUACCCCGCACGUUUCGCUCCCUCUCUUUUAACAACGCCCACCACCGCCGCAGUCGAGCAGAGCGGCGGCCCCUCCUCUCCCUCCCUCUCCCACGGCUGCAGGGCCGCUUCUCUACCUCCACUCCAUCUGUAGAGAAUUUUCUCCUCCCCACUUGCGGGCGUCUCGCUGAACUGGUUGCGCCGCCGCCGUACCGGUUGGGGAGGCUGCGCUCCGUCUCCACAGGUGAUUCUUGCGCUCCCUCAUGUCUGUAGCUUUCCUAGAUUGGAUUGUCGGUGCUGCUGAGGUUUCUUUUUCUUCUCGGGCGGUUUGGCUUCACCGGCGCCAUGUUCCGACUUCCGACACUGCGCUAGAGGUUGGAAACUGCUCGCUCAUUUUUGGCACUCCUACCACAAUAUGGAUCGGGAGGGACCUGAGUCUAAGCGAAGGGCGUCGGUGCGCGGCGCGGUGCCGUACAAUACAAACCGUGAAGUUUUCGUCUUUCGUUUCGUUCACUGCGUCUGCGUCUGCGUCUGCGUCUGCCGGCCCGUCGAAACUGCUUUUCCUCUCUGCGGGCGCAUCUGCGACUGCGAUUGCGUUGGUAAAGAUGGCCUGCUGCUUUCUGUUUGGAAAGAAAGCGAAACAAACCACUGAAGGCGAUGAAGAUCUACAUAGCGUCAAGGUAUUCUCUUACAGCGAGUUGAGAAAGGCUACGCAGGAUUUCAGCGGCGCGAAUAAGAUUGGCGAGGGCGGUUUCGGUUCUGUCUUCAGGGGAGUGCUUAAAGAUGGGACAGUGGUGGCGGUGAAAGUUUUAUCUGCUACUUCAAGGCAAGGCAUCCGCGAGUUUUUGACUGAGCUUACGGCGAUAUCCGACAUCAAGCAUGAGAAUCUGGUCACUCUGAUCGGUUGCUGCGCCGAAGGAUCUCGCAGGAUCCUUGUCUACAACUACCUCGAGAACAACAGCCUUGCGCAGACAUUGCUAGGAUCCAGGCACAGCAACAUCCGGUUCAACUGGCACGCCCGCGCCAGAAUCGCUGUCGGCGUUGCCCGUGGGCUCGCGUUUCUCCACGAGGAGAUCCGUCCCCCCAUCAUCCACAGGGACAUAAAGGCGAGCAACAUUCUUCUCGACAAGGACCUCACCCCCAAGAUCUCCGACUUCGGGCUGGCAAGGCUCCUGCCGCCCAACGCGACCCAUGUCAGCACCCGAGUGGCAGGAACAUUAGGGUACUUGGCUCCUGAAUACGCGAUCCGAGGCCAAGUGACGAAGAAGUCCGAUAUCUAUAGCUAUGGGGUUCUUCUUUUAGAGAUUGUAAGUGGGAGAUGCAACACCAACACGAGAUUACCUAGCGAGGACCAGUUCCUCCUUGAGAGGACAUGGGCACUCUACGAGCAAGGACGUCUAGAGGACAUCGUGGACAUGGACAUCGGCGGCGACCGGGACGUCGAGGAGGCGUGCCGGUUCCUGAAGAUCGGCCUGCUGUGCACGCAAGACGCGAUGGCGCGCCGUCCCAACAUGACCAACGUCGUCCGGAUGCUCUCGGGGGAGAGGAGGAUCAGCGUAGAGAAGAUCACUAGGCCCGCCAUGAUCUCCGAUUUCGCGGAGCUCAAGGUCAGCAGCAAGGAGCGAAGGCCGGGCGAGGCACGCUCGCCCACGACGGCUCCCACCACGAAAUCGUUCACCACCACGGAGCCGUUCUCGUCGUCGGAGACGCCCACGCAGUCGUCCAUGUGAAGUCGUGGGCGUACGACGCAUUUUUUUUUUUGGUUUAGUUUGUAUAGUGUGUGGACGUGUUAGGUGGGCAGGGUUACAGGUUUUUUUUUUGAGUUUCUUGUUUGUUUUGCUGUGAGGAAAGAUCUCGUAGGCCUCUUAUUGCAUCUUUGAUCAUGUAAAUAUCUGUAAACGAAGAUGAUCAAGAUAAGCUUUGCACGACGGUUCUCAUUGUCGAACUA